CAUAAUCUGUGGUUAUGACUUACGACUAGAAAUAAGUUGAAAUUGUCGUUUUUUUAUCAUUAAAUUAAAUUAUAAUUGUGUACUUAUUUGUACUGAAAAGUAGUGAAAUAAAAUGAGUAGACAAGUUGAUGUGAAGGCGCUUGUAUCCCACGUAAUUCGUGGAGACGGGGUUAACAAGUGCCGAAUAUGUAUGGGCGAUACUUCGGAGGGACAAGUAUACUUAAGUGAUACUGUAUUAAUGGAAGGAGACAAGCCUGUUACAUUAUCUGAACUGCUGGAAGUCGUCACGGGAAUCCAGGUACCGCUGGAGGGUGACCUGCCAGCCGGAUUGUGCAUGGAAUGCUUCACCUGCGCUGUGAACGCCGCUAACUUCAGGUCAAUGUGCAGACAGAUGUCCAGAAAAUGGGACGUGAUUCUGCAACUUUUAUACGACCUACCAUCACAGGACACUGAAAAAAAGAAAACAAUUAUCGCUAUGAUUGACGAUAAUAAUAAGAUAAUAACUCUAAACGAUAAAGAUGAGCUAAAAUUGGAUAAAGUUUCCGAGAGAUUGACGAAACAUCUAAAGCAAUUAGAAAAAGAUAGAAAACUGCAAGAGGAUAUAUCCAAAAACAAUUGUGAUUGGAAUGUAGCAGUCAAAGAUCAAUGUCACGCCAUUGAUGAUGAUUUUAACUUAGACACACCAACCGGACAGUUGAAGAAACAUUUGACGGCACAAUUGGACACAAAAACAGCAAGUGCCAAAGUGGCACAGUGUCCAAAUUGCGAUAAAACGUUUCAACACCCAUUAAAACUGUAUCACCAUAUGAAGGGGUCGAUAGAUAUGAAACGAGCGUGUCAUAUAUGCAGUGAGAUAAUGUCACGCGAUGAACUAGUCUCCCAUAUUGUUGAUGUGCACAAUAUAAAGGUGUACGAUUGCAAGAAGUGCCCCGCAUUGCUGCUAACAAAUAAUGCAUAUAACAAGCAUACAACGAAAGCCCAUUCACGCGGCGCCUGUACAUGUAUAGAUUGUGGACAAUCUUUCCAAACAUCCCAUGCAUUUUAUGCUCACAUAUCUGUACACAGACAAAAAACUUGCCCUAGCUGCGAUAAGAUAUUCCGUAACCAGACCUGCUAUAUGUAUCACGUUAAAAACUGCUGCGAUGUAGAUGAAACAAACACAAAUAUGAGGGUAGAUGCUGAAAAUAAGAGUACUAAAAUAUUCAUUGGUGUAGGCGCACGCGGUAGCACCGACGGGGGGGAGUGCGUAUGCGACUAUUGUGGUAAAAAGUUUGCCAAAAAGAAGUACGUGGCAGCACAUAUACAAAUAGUGCAUAUGAAAAACACACACCGUCCGUGCGCGUACUGCGGCAAGUCCCUCGCGACUGCUCAUAUGACGGAGCAUUUAAAGAAACACGAAAUCGAUCUGUCCUUCACGUGCGAACAUUGCGGUAUAGUUCUCAAAACUAAGCUUGGUUUUGUCCAGCAUUUGAGAUUGCAUACUGGGGAACGGCCUUACGCUUGUAAAAUCUGUAAGGAGACCUUCAGCGCGUCGUCCAGACGAUCGGAACACAUGCGGAAGGUACAUAAAGAGCCAUGUCAUGUCUUAAAACAUGGCUGUAAACUCUGUCCAGCCAAAUUCCGCCUACCGUACAGGUUGAAAAAGCACAUGAACUCUUCGCAUACAAAUAAAAACGACGAGACAUUGCAGUUUGAGUGCAGCGAGUGCCACGUUAAGUUUGGAUCGUGUCGCGGUUUAUUACAUCAUAGCAGGAUGCACCAACGAAUCCCUUUUCCACAUAAGAAACCGGAAAAAUCUAUCAUGUUCAAAGUGUUUAAUGAGGUCUUGCUGGAGACUGAACUGCCCGGGGGUCUGUGCAGCGACUGCACCAACAGUGCGUUAAACGUGUGGCACUUCAAAGCGUUAUGCAGCAGUUCUGAUAAAAAAUGGAGAGUUGCAACAACAAUUUUAAAUAAAAACAUAGGCUCUCUGACACCGUGUGCUGAAGACAAAAUGUUUUACAUAAGUUUCAAUAAGGAAGGCGUUGUCUUCUCAGGCGGCGGAGCCAAAACUGACAAUUUAGCAGAAACUGCCGACCGACUUAACAACAUUAUAAGGUCAGAUAGAAAACGGGAACGCAAGAAACAAAAAAACCCUAACCAGUCGAAAUUUCUCUAUCAAAACAAAUGCUAUAUUUGCGGAAAAGUGUUUUCUCUCCCCCAAUAUUUGAGCCAGCAUUUGGCUAACAUGGCCAAAGGCGCUUGCACUGUGUGCGGUAAGAUUGUACCAAGGCAAGGGUUGCCCAAACAUUUGGGAAACGUUCACGGGAAAUUCGUGCAUCACUGCAAAGUUUGUCACCAAUAUUUCGAAGACCAAUCUAGUUUGGACAAUCAUAAGGAACUGCACAAAUUCAAUCUGCCACAAUGCAGCAUUUGCAAGUAUGGUUUCAGGAGCGAGAGAUCCUUACGCGCUCACAUGUACUCCCAUACUUUAUUCAACUGCACCAACUGUAAUAAAGGAUUCGAGAAUCGCAAAUGCUUUGUGUACCACAAAGAACAUUGCACAGUAGCGAAACAAUACAACGAAGUUGAAGGGAUCUAUGAAUGCGAUAUCUGCGGCAAGACGUACACUAAAAAACCAUCACUAAGAAUCCACAUAAUACAGAAGCAUUUAAACGUACUGCCUUACAUAUGUAUGAUAUGUGGAAAGCGCAGUGCCACUAAGAACCACCAUAAGUCACAUGAACUGAUUCAUACCAAGGAGCGCAAGAUAUACCAGUGUUAUUGCGGCGCUAAGUUGAGGUCAUCCCUCGGUUAUCACAUGCACCAAAGGAUACAUUCCGGGGAAAAACCCUACAAGUGCGACGACUGUGGUGAUAGGUUCCUCUCAGCUUCAAGAAGGCUGGACCACAUAAAAAGGAGGCACAAGAUUGGUGGAGCGGUUCACAAGUGCGAAAAAUGUGCCGUCAGCUUCAUAAGAGAAGAGCAAAUAAUUCCUCAGCUGCUGUGCAUAUCUUGUACCCACGUCGCGACUAUGGCAUACGAAUUCCGCCUGUUCGCGAGAAAUUCCCAAAAACUAUGGAACAAUUGCGUCAAUUCCGUAGAAAGCAUGCUCCCCUUAAAUACCCACCACUCGUUCUACGCUAUGAUUAAGGAGAAUUUGCUUCUCCAAAGUGUCAACAAUUUUGAGGGUAGUCCGAAAGAUUUGGCGCACCACUUGUCUAAUCGCUUCAAAAAGAAGCCGCUUAUCGUAGAAAGGAAACCGAGACUACCUCGGGCAGGGCCGUCCUGCGAAUGUGAAGACUGUGGAAAGACAUUUUCAAGCCCCUAUUACCUUAAUAUACAUUUACGUAAUAGUGGUCAGAAAGAAGCAUGUUGGCUGUGCGGUGUAAUGGUGGUACGUGGGCAAGAAAUGAGGGACCACUUAUCCGAUAUCCACAAAACGGAAAUGUUAUUAUGUCCAGAAUGCCCAAUGCUAUUCAAAAGUGAAUUAGACAGAAGGAAGCAUUCAAAAAAGUGUCACGGACCCGGGAAAUUCACUUGUAACGACUGCGGCAGGACUUUCCAAAGGAGCAAUUCAUUCGAGGUGCAUUCCCAAAUGCAUAACGUUAGAACUUGUAGAAGAUGCGGAGUGCAAUUCACAAAUAGAGGGUGCUAUAGGGAACACAGGGCGAAAUGUGAACCCAACGCAAAACCUGAUUUAAAAACUAUACCAAGAAGUCGCCGCUCGAACAUUCGAGAUCCGGCCACUUUUACAUGCGAUUAUUGCAAAAAAACCUAUCACUCGCGACCACAGUUGAAAAAUCAUAUACUAUGGAUCCAUAUGGAUAUAAGACCUCAUCAGUGUCAAUGGUGCGGAAAGAGGUUUUAUACUCCAGCGCGAUUGGCUGAACACACGGUCGUGCAUACGCGUGUUCGAAAUUUCGAAUGUGAUAUUUGUGGCGCGAAAUUGGUUUCCAAAAUGGCCGCCGUAUACCAUAGACGCAGGCACACGGGUGAGAAGCCAUACGAGUGUCCGGACUGCGGGGAGAAAUUCAUUUCUUCAUCGCGCAGGUCCGAGCAUGCGAAACGUAGGCACAAUAAAGGCUCAAGGUUUCAGUGUACGCUAUGUCUGUCUAGCUUUGUUAGGAGUCACGAGUUGAAAAAGCAUAUGGAAAAAGCGCACAAUCCCGAAAGUCAGGCAACGGCUAAAAUUAAGAAAGUUAAGGAGUGUUUCCAGUCUACUGCGUGAUGAAUAUGACGUGCCUGUCUUAUAUUGUAAACAAUUCUUCUACAGUGUAAAGUUUAUUUUAAACUUAUAAAUUUAAAAUGCAUAUAUAAAUAAUCGGAACCGACAGGAUUUGAAUCUGCGGCUCUGAGCGCUUUCCCAAUUAAGCUACGCCUCUCCUACCGUCGAUGCCGAAAUUAGUAAUUAGUUAGCCUUUCACAUCAGUCUUAUAGCGACUGUAGCGCCAUCUAGUAGGAUACAUUGCAGUUUCGAUCUACUUUCUCAAAGGUCCAUUGCUUUUUAACGCACUUUUUUCAUAUUUUU